AUGGAAAAUCCAGUGGCUGAAAUUCCCACCGUCAUCCGUCUUCUGACGCAGUCGCCGCCCUCGGUGCAAGAAACGGUUCUUCAGCGAUAUUUCACAAGCGAUGCCUCCUUUGUACAUCCCUUCUGUCGAGUUCCCAGCUUUGAAGGGAGUAGAUGGUGGGUUGCCAAGAUCUUCCAGUGGUACAAGAUCAUGUCGCCCCGGAUCGAGCUGGAAAUCCAUUCCAUUGCAUUUGACGAGGAAAAGCGCCGGUUGUAUAUCAACAUGUCCCAAAUAUUCUCCAUCUGGCUGGUUCCUUUCCAUGUUGCUUCUGUGACUCUCACGACUGUGCUGGACUUGACAUCCGAACCAAUGCAAAGUGAUGCUACGACCAACGGGGACCGCAAGCUCUAUCAUAUAUCCAAACAAGAGGAUCUCUACCAAUCCUCGGAAUUCGUCAAGUUUAUUCUGCCACAUGUGGGACAUUGGCUUAUCUAUGGUUGGCACAUCGUUGCCACCCUCUUCUGCGUCGUGGGCGUGUCUUUGCUAUGGCCGAUCCUGUGGCUAGAGGAAAACCGUUACAUUCCAGGACGCUUCCUACGAGGGGGUAAUUUAGCUACUAACAUUGAUAAAAAGAUACCUGAGAUCAAGGAACAUUGA